AUGGCAAAGGACAAUAUCCAACCGGAUGUGCUGCGCAGCGCCGAGGCCACGCCCAUCGCAAAGCUCAGCCCUGCCAUCGCCGACGCAGCUGCGCUCGUUGUCGAAGGCGUCGUUACCGUGACCUGGCCCUACAGCAUCGUGAACAAGUCCAUCGCCUUCAUCCUCGCCGAGCGCGACCCCCUGCACCGACGCGACAAGGGCCAGCUGCGAGUCGAGUUCCAUGGCGCUGCGGGCAAGGCGCUUGCGGCGUCGAGCCUAGGAGGCGGCGACGAGGUGCGCCUGAGCUUGCACGGCGUUGCGUGGGAGGAGAACCAGGCGUGGGCGAAACAUCCGGGUAUUUUGGAGUGGCAGCUGAAGUUUUCCAACCGCUUGCUGCUGAAGAUUCGGAGGGCAGAAACACAGGCGGUGGACACCAUUGAUGUUGAUGCCGCGGAUGAAGAGGAAGAGCAGGAAUCGCUGCCGCAGCCUCGGGAGCCGAGCCCGACCCCGUCGAUUGACAUCGAGCACACUCAGUUUUCGAAACCGUUGCCGCGAACGCCGCUCUCUACGAUACCCUCUAAACGAUAUGCGUACGAGUCACUUGGGCCCGGCGAGUAUACCUCUCCGGCAUUUAUCAAGCGUGCAAGGGUCUCAUAUGGCUCGCUCUUUGAAGGCGGCUUUGACAUAUUUAAUGAAGAGGAGCCUGUCAAAUCUGUCAAGAAGAAGAAAAGGAGGUCUCGGUUCAGUAUGAACCCGACAUCUUGGCGAUACGCCAGUCAAUCACCUUCACCCGAGGUGGAACAAGAGCAACCGGCCGAAGAAGAAGAGGAAGCCGAACCCAAGCUUGAUGAUGUCGAGGAGCCUGCGGCGGAAGAACGAAUAAUUACACCACCUCCCCAACCGCAGCCCGUUAUGGUCGAUCAGGGAUGCCAGACUAGAGAGAUGAGCUCCAGCCCAACCAAUGGCGUGCAAGUUAUUGCCGAAUCUAAAUCGACGGGAAUUCUACUACAACCCACGCCAACUCAUCCCUGGAAGCAUGUGGGAGUGGACCAUGUGCUUCAAGAACCAUCACCUCUCUCAUUCGACUACGCAGCGGCCCAAGAUGUACCACCUUCAAUACACGAUUCGGAGCCUUUUAGCCAGCCUGAAAUGCAUUUGCCUCACGCUGGCUUUGAUAUGUCCAUGGACAUUGACCCGAGUCUUCAACCACAUCAAGCAGAUACUCAUAAUCACGAUCCUCACGCCUCAUACAUUACAACGGCGACUGAAAUACAGCCGCCUCGCUCACAAGAACAUGGGCUUCACGAUGCCCAUCUACACGACUUAGCUUGGGUUGCCGAGACGUUGGCGCCAGCUUAUCCUACAGUGCCAGCACACAACGCACAUGAUUUCCCACAAGGAAGUUUUGAUCGAUCAUCCUUUACCUUGAGAGCUAGUCCUUCCGACGAAACGCACACACUGGUGUCCGCCGGGCAUCAUAUUACGGAAAUGCAUACCUACGUUCAAAUCGAUGAAGCACGGAGAGUACCAUCGUCAUCUUACCCAUCACAAGAUGGAACGAAGCCCAGCAACAGUUAUCCUGAGCGUUACGAGGAAGAUACCGAGACUGCCACUGUAACCGCUACACUAGGCAGAGAAGGUAGAUCGAGCCCUCCCCAAGAGGAAUAUAGUACAGAUGAAUCUGAAGAAGAAGAGGAAGAGCAAGAGAGCAGAUCACAUCGCUACUAUGACUGGAACACUGGUCGGUUCCGAGAGGGAUAUCCUGAAGAAGAACCUGACAACCAAUAUGCCGAAUACGAAAACGAUGAAGAAGAAGAGGAGGAGGGAGAGGAAGAGGAAGAGGAAGAAGACGACGGGGAGGAAGGUGACGAAGAAGUCGAGGAUGACGCGACCGAAUCUGAAGCCGAGUCAGAAUCUGAAGAAGAAUCAGAGUCUGAAUCAGAAUCUCGAGUCUUUAAUCAUUUUGCGCAACCCGCGCCACCGGUUCCGAGACCAUUCAUGCCAAUCCCAAAACCAGCCCCGGCUGCUCCAAAAGAGCCCAUUUUUAUCAGCCUUUUGUCCGACUCAGAAGAUGAUGGCGACACUGCACCUGCCACUACACAAGCUAAAAAGGAACCGAGCGAGGAACCUCCACUUCACCAGCAAGAUGAAGUUCAGGAACCCCCAAGUGAACAGGAGGACGAUAUUGGUGAUGAACUCGUGGAUGAGGAUGUCGACGAAUCUAUGGACGAGCACUUGGACGAAGCCGAAGAUAAAUCUGAUGUCGAAGAAGCAGCUGAGAUCAGAACCGUAGCAAGCCGAUCAUCUCGCAGAUCCAGCCGAAUAAGCCAAUUAGAUGGCUGUGAUGAAGACGAUCUGCACCAAAAUGAGGAGUCUGGCAGAGAUAUCAGCCACGUCGAAAUGGAUCACCCAAAUCUAAUCAUAUCUCCAAAACCCCACAUACGACAGCAGCAUGUUGACAUAGCUGAGUCUUUGGCUCAGGUCCAAGACGAGUCGCCAGUGGUCAGCUCUCCGCUCCAGCGCAGGACUUCAGAGCAACACGAACUCGCCGCCGUCGACGAGGCUGAUGACGAAGAGAUCUCUACCGUGGAGACGCGCGGUGUCUCUGAAUCAACAGCGCCGGAGCCUAAUAAUGUUGAGGCACCAGCUGUUUUGGAACAGGAUGAGGAGAAACUGGAGGCUAAGCAACACCAAGUGCAUGUACAAGAUGAAGUACAAGCACCAGCACAAGAGCCAGAGCCGGCGCAGCAUACCGAGUCUCCUGCUGUUGAAUCUACGGGUCAAGUCACUGAGCCCUCUUUACACAAACAAGAUGAGGAGAUGGAAAUGACGGAUAUAGUAGAGGCUCCAACACUACAGCCCGCUGCCAACAACGAUUUGCUUAUGGAGGAUCUGCAGUCCACAGCUCUAGAGACCCAACCAUCCAACGCGGAGGCCGGAGCAGAAGUCGAUAUCAUUGAACAAGACGUGGAGAUGCAAGAUGAGGUGCUAAUUCAACCAAGAGAAGAGACCGAGGUUGUUGCGAACGAGGACGACAACCAGGUCGACCACAUCACCACAGACACCGUCUCAAAAGCCACUGGAGAGCCUGAAGUGGCUGCACCAUCAUCACCUCCGGCCACCCAGACAGAGCCACCUCAUCUGGUGUCUAUGGCAGUUCAAAUCCUAGAAGAGCCAGAAAUCACAGAAAAGCAGCUGCCAACUCCACUGGAGACUCAACAAGACGACUACGAGAACAACGUUGACGCGGCUGAUGUGGCUCCUGUUGAGACCCCGCCUAGUGAGGAGGUGAUCACUGAAGAUGUCAAGGAACAUGCUGAGGAAGAUGUCGAAGAUGAAUUUAAAGAUGCAGAUGAAGAUAUGGACGAAGAAUAUGAGGAUGCGAAGGAGGAGGGGGGCGAUAAUGACGACGAUUUUGCAAUUGAGCAGCAACUUAUGUCUGAAAUCCAGCAUUAUUCUAACCCCCUGAAGGCGCACGACGCGGAUAGAGUUGAGCAAACCUUCUCGCAGCCCCCUGACACCCUUGAGGAUAUUGAGGAAAUUGAGGAGGACCAACAUACUCAACAAACCCAACAACACAGCCAGCAGAGCCAACAUGGCCAUCACGGGGAGCACUGCGAUCACAGCCAUCAUGACCACCAUCACGCCCACCACGCCCACCAUGGUGUCCACGACCGAAAUUCUCGCCGAGCAGAACCAGAGAUGUCGAUAGGGUUGCAAUCUCUUCGGAGCCACUGUCGUGCUAAGAGACUGUCCAGUGAUAGCGCCGAUAGUUUGUUGACUGAUCCCAGCGUCUUGCUCGCCAGGGGGUCUCCUACCAUGGCGCAUCGGCAAUGUCUGGUUGGCGAUAGCGACUACCUCCCCCAGCGAUCACCACGGUCACCUCGGAACAAGGCCGAGCAUUCGGAUCAUAGUAUUGUGCUUGCCAAGUCAUCGCCUCGCGAGUCUGUAUCGCCAAAGAAUGUAUCGCCAAAGAAUGUUGGGGCAUCGUCCCCGUUACGAGCAAGACGUGGCGUCAAGGGAUCGAUUGAUGCCAGCAUCUUACUAGCACAGUCCUUUUCGCCCACGUCGGAACGCAGUCCAGCUAGUCCAACGGCAUCGUUUCGUGCUGGUCGGCGAAAAUCUGAUAAGUCGGAUCUGAGUGUGCAAUUAGCGACCACCAGCUUCAAGGGCUCUCAACAACAACAGGUGGCAGAAGAGGGGAAACAAGAGAUCGCCCUGGAUGCAGCUCAGGACGCGUCAGCAAAUCCUCAACGUGAAAGUACACCCGAGCAGCCCACGGUGACAGGCCACAACCUGAGGUCACCCCGGAAACCCACGGCUGUAUCCUCCAUCAGGGCGCCCUCCGUCGCCAGCUCCAUUGCUGAAGACGGGAACAUGGCGUCCCUGAAGACACAAUUGUUGAGAAACUUAAGAACAUCACUACUGGAGUGUCUGCCACUCAAAUCCCUGCGCUUCUCGUUGAACAAAAUGACCGACAUUUUAGCCGUGGCUACCCUCACUCCGCGCCAGCCACACCGACCGAAACACGGCCCCCGGGGCUACAUGCUGGAGCUGUGUCUGACCGACCCCUCAGUGGCGCCCACGGGCGUCAACAUCGCGCACAUCUUCCGGCCCCAUCAAGCCUCCCUCCCUACGGUCCAGGCCGGCGACGUUGUGCUCCUGCGUCGCGUUCAGGUGGUGUCGGUCCAGGGCAGGGGAUUCGGCAUCCGCGCCGGAGAUGCCUCGGCAUGGGCAGUCUUUGAAAAGGACGACGACGAGAUGCUGCCGCAGAUUAAAGGUCCCCCGGUGGAAGUCGCAGAUGAAGAGGUUGCCUACGUGCAGGGCCUUAAGAGGUGGUGGGGUCUUCAAGAUGACAAGGCAUUGGCUAAGAUCGAUAAGGCGAAUCAGAAGAUGUCACAGGCCGUCAAGGAUGAUUCUAAGUGA